AGGGUGUCUGGCAGGUGCGGAGAGCUAGCGGUGUCCUUCCCUUCUCCUCUGAGGACUGAAGCUUGUUGCAGCACACGGUCAGUUCUUGGCAAGAGACCUGGUCAGUGCUCAAAGCUGAUACUUAGUAGUCAGAACCAGUAACGUAGCUGAGGCAUCAGCUGAGAUGUACAAUAUAGUCUCAAAGUUGUAGCCCAGUGAACGGGGUGACGUGUUCCCAAUAUAAAAUCAGAAAUAAAGUCACAUUUUCUUCCUUUCUAGUCUGGGGUAAAAGUGCCCAUCAAGAUUGACUGUUAGCAGGGCAAAGAUAAGACUUGGAUGAGAGCGGUCAAGGAGGAACUAUCAGCCCCGUCAAAGUGUGGUAGAGGGGAGGAGGUGCUUCUUGGCAGCAUCUAGACUUGUGGCAGAAGAAAUAGGAGCGCUUAGCCAGCUUCUCAACACUUCUCCCUCACCUCGCCAAGGACUCUUGGAUUUCGGCAGAAACCAAGUGGAUUGCCAUUUGUUGCAGCUAGGGCAGGGGGAGGGGGGCGGCUCCCACUGGUCCCCGAGAACUGAAAGGAAGGGCAUUUGGUGGUGGGGCUCUGAGAAUGUUUCAUUUGGAGGAGCAAAGGAUGGAUUUCCAAGGAUGCAAGGAAAGUCCAGUGAUUGGAGGGAAGACAUUUCUUACAAGGCACCUGGUGUGAUGUCUUUUUGCAUACUGCAGGAGCUUAAUAAGUGCAUUCGAUUACAUUCCCUGUCCCUAAUUGUGGAGUGGAAGAAGUGAAAGCCGGGUGCCUAAGGAGGAGGGGAAUUAGGGGUCUCUGCUACCCAGACUUUGUGGCAGGUAGAGUCUAUUCCAAAGGAGACUGAAGAAGUGUAAGGCGGUAGUGGAACCCAGGGUACUACUGAAGACACGUAUGCACACCGGUGGGAGAACAGAAGCGUGCUGGGGAGUGGGGGUGAGAGGGGAGUGACAGCCUAACCGAGUCGAGGCCGGGGCGCAGGGUCCCGGCGUCUCGGGCCCUCGGAGUCCCCGCGGCAGCCUCUGCCCGCCGCCAGUUGUCAUGGUGACUGCUGGAUCAGCCGCUGCUCGCGGGAGUAACAAAGCAGCCUGCUUCUCCUCUCCCGGGCUCCGCCUCCUGCUUCCACUUCCAACCCCCCAGCUUCGGACUGCAGCCGCGGGAUCAGGCAGCGGGCACUUCAGGCUGCAGCUGCGCCGCCCCUAUGGCCACAGCCGCGGCCACUGCCAUACAAGCCAGAUCUAAUUGUUACUAACUGGAAUUAUUCGUUAGUAGGAUUGGUCAUUACCUGAAAAAUCAGAGCACAAUUCGAUUUUGACUCUCCAUGUUGCCUUUUUCCAUAUGAGUCCAGGCAACAAAAUCACAUGCAGAAGCUGAGAAUGAAUGUGCCUAUCCUGCUUGAUUUGAAUGGUAUGAUCCUCGCAGGGAUCCCCUAAACAUCCCUAAGAGAAACCCUGCUGGUGGAAGAGGCCAUAGAAGACAGCCCAAAGAUGACCAGCCAGCCUCUAGAGGAUACUGCUGAGUCCCCUGUCUCGGAUGAACUUGAGUGUAAGAUUUGCUAUAACCGCUACAACCUGAGGCAGAGAAAGCCCAAAGUGCUGGAGUGCUGUCAUCGAGUUUGUGCCAAAUGCCUUUACAAGAUCAUUGACUUUGGAGACUCCCCACAGGGCGUCAUCGUGUGUCCUUUCUGUAGGUUUGAGACCUGCCUACCUGAUGAUGAGGUUAAUAGCCUCCCUGAUGACAACAACAUCCUUGUGAACUUGACUUGUGCGGGAAAGGGGAAGAAAUGCCUGCCAGACAAUCCCACAGAGCUAUUGCUGACCCCCAAAAGGCUGGCCUCCCUGGUCAGUCCUUCCCACACUUCCUCCAACUGCCUGGUGAUCACCAUCAUGGAGGUACAAAGAGAGAGCCCACAGUCUCUGAGCUCAACACCUGUUGUGGAGUUUUACAGACCCACCAGCUUUGACUCUGUUGCUACUGUGUCUCACAACUGGACUGUGUGGAACUGCACGUCUCUGCUCUUCCAGACAUCAAUCCGAGUGUUAGUUUGGUUGCUAGGGUUGCUCUAUUUCAGUUCCUUGCCCUUAGGGAUCUACUUACUGGUCUCUAAGAAAGUUACCCUUGGGGUUGUCUUUGUCAGCCUUGUCCCUUCGAGCCUUGUUAUUCUUAUGGUGUAUGGUUUUUGUCAAUGUGUAUGCCACGAAUUUCUAGACUGUAUGUCAUCUCCUUCAUAACAGAUGCUGCAAAAUGAGAAAUUUAAUCUGCUCCCCCACAUUUGUAGUUUAAUUCAUUUAGUUUUUUGGGCAUUCUUAUUUAUCCAUUAUUAUCAGACACAUUAAUUACAUUUUAAUGGUAUAUUUUCUCAUCUGUACCAUUUGGUUUAUUUACUAUCUUUUUUGAACACUGAUGGUAAAGUUGGAUAAUUUAACUUGGGGUUUAGGCUUUAGGAAAGAGCAGACUUGCUCAAGUAAAGCCUUUUUGGAACUCAAAGGGAACAGGAUCUACCCAGAGACAGAACAGAACAUUUCAGGCAAUGUCAUUACAUAGACAUACUGGUGGGAGUAUGGUACACCUAUGUUGUUAAAUCGUCUUCGCAAAAUCAUCACUGUUAUGUUUAUAGAAGGAAGGCAUAAGUUACUCCAAGUCAAACACUUCUGAAAUGUGCAUUCAUCGUUGACAUUUCUGUCGCAACUUUCUCAGUUCAUCCCCCUUGUAUUUCUUUUUUUCUUAAUAUCAUUUUCUAUUAUUUACCAUCCAAUUCAAGACACCUGUACACUCUUCCUAAUUCUGAAGCCUUCAGAUUCAUUUCACUGAGCUACUCUCUUCCACUUAAGAGUUCUCUUGGAAAACAAUGAAAAAUUUGAAUCACAGGAGAAUCUGACCAUUUGUUCUUAAGACACUAUUAGUCUGCAGAUUUUUUGUCCACUUUCUGCUUCUCCAAAGCUCUCUAUGAACUUCCAUCCUUCUGUAAGAAUUACUAGAAACCUUUUGGUUUUUUGCCUCAGUAUAUUUAAUCCUUGACCCCAUUACUCCUUCAACCUCCACUCCGUGUCAUGAGAAAAUAGGUUUUCUUUUCCAUUGAUUCCUAUAAGGUGAGGAGAAAGAUUGACUUACUGAACAAAAUCUGUAUUCCCUUGCCUUCUAUACCCCACGUCCUACCACUCUCAUGUCAAAGGAUGCCAACUUAUUUAAUUUUCAAUAUUUGGAGGUGAAGGAGAAUGGAGUGCUCCAACUUCUUGUAAAAAGUUGAGAACAUAAAGAUUCCGUUUUCCUGUACUGAGUAGCAAUAAAGUAGAAACGCUUUGAGGUUUACACACACACCUGCUGUGUGUCAUCUGUGGGUAGGCAUGGGGGAAGAAUAUGUAGAACUGGAAGUUAACCAAUGGUCAUAAAACUGGAGGCAGGAGUCUAUGACCAGAUUGGUUGCUAUCCCUGAUAUUCUGAAGUCAGAGCAACCUAAUUUAAGUGAGAUUGAGUUUCUAACACAAAUUAUUUCAAUUAAAGACAUGGGUUAAUGUGACCUGAGUUAAAGGACCAUUUUCCUUGAGUAGGGGAAGUUGAAUAGAUACUUCCAAGAUGUUUCGCAGAUUUUAGGUUUUGAAGUGCUCUACAGAAAUCAGAUAUUCCCAGUGGAAAAAAAAGAAACCUCUUUCAUCUCCCCACCCACCACCAUGAUAAUUAGCAUGACCAUGUUUGCAUUAUUUUGAAAGAGUAUUACUAAGAUACUACUUAUACUAGUUUGUGAUGAAAUAUUUGUUGUGAGGUGGUAGCUACAGUGGGCCCUAUUCAAAUUUCUUUAGUCAGCUAAAACAAACAGUUAUUUCCAGAAUAGCUGUAUCAUUUUAAUGAUAUAACCGUUAACUUUCAGAAUAUUUAUGCCAAGGUCAAUUUGGCCAGAAAAAAACAACAACAUAUGGAAUCUGGCCUAGUGAAUUUAUCAUGAGGUAUAUAUAAAUAAAUAAAUUUACGAAUUAUAAAAUCUAGCUUAGAUAGAGUUCAAUGUGAGUGCAACUCCCAGAAAACUGUUCCUGAAGUAAAUGUCAUGUUUAGAAGAUGUUAUGUUGGGGUUUGCACAAUUAUAAAGGUUUUUUUUAAAUGUUUAUUUGGUCUGAAGUAUAACAUCAAGUAGAUAGAUGGAGUAAUACAUUGAUAAGAUUCUAGGAAGUUCUAAAAAUGUGAACUAUCUGUUUAGAUUCUUUGUGUAAAUAAUGUGUCUGCAGUGCUCAAUUUAUGUAUCCUCAUGCAAAAUGGUGGUUUGUUUUUUUAAAAGUUGCCAGUGAGUUAACUUUGGUCCAGAAAUAAAUCUUACCAACACCUUUAAGAUCUAUUAAAUGGAUAACAAUAAUAACUUCUCCAUGUUGUUAAAUUUAAAAGAAAGGACAAUGCUUCAAUAUUAUGAUCACUGUGAUACAGUUUUGGUUUGUCAUUAAAUCAUUAUUAUUCCCAAA